CUUUGAUGGGGAAGAUGAUCUUCCUCUAAAAACAGUAUGAUGGAUCUCGGAACCAAGCUCAACAUGACCAGGACGAUUGCGCCAGUUGGGGUACUUACUCUUGAUAAGUACAAAGUAUUCCUGCUCAUAAUUGCGUUUGCGAUUAGGAAUAGGAUUACCUUUGCCGGAAUCCUGAGUUCGAGCGAUGUUUCAUGAAGAAUAGCCGACACAGAACAAGAUGUUUCAAUUGUCUGCUCCUGCUCAUCAUGAUCAUGAAGAUUGCUUUUUCAAUCUUCAACCAUCACGACACUAGGUCGCAUUCAACGCUGGCAUCGCCAUCGGUCCUGCUCUCGGAGGCCUGAUGAUGUCCAAAAUUGGCAUGGAGCCGACUUUCCUAGCCGUAGGUUCCGCUUUCCUCUGCCUUGGGGUCGCCAACCAUUUUCUCAUCGUUGAAACCGCACCGAAGCUUCUCCAGGGCGAUCUCAAUAUUGCCAUCAACCAAACCUGGAACCAUUGGAAAGAUCUUUGGCAGAGCGUGGAGAUGAAACAACUUCUCGCUUUGAAUGCGGCUUUUUUUAAGGCCUCUCCAAAACCUAAUCCAUCUCGUGAACGUGAUGAAGCAUCCUGCCUGGGUAGAAUUUUGGUUUUUCAAAAGGGAAAAGGCUUCACCAGGAUGAUCUCCAGGAUGGAUAAGGGUGAGUUUUAAUGCUUGGAUUUCCUCAGCUGGUGGCCAUGCCACCAUUUUGCCCUUAAUCCUCAUUGGUCCCCAGUUCAAUCUUGACGUAGGCCAAACGGGUCUAGUCUUCGCAGCUUUGGCUGGUGUCCUUAAGGCUACCUCUAUUAAUCACUCUUGUAGAUUAGUAUAGGACUACUCGAGAAGUACAUAGUAUCCUUUUUGAGUAGGUAUGGGAAUCUCUCAGGCGUGGUAUGCAAGAAGCCUAGACAUAUUUCAUAGGUGUGGAUUAGGAUUUAGGAGUAGCUCUAAUGUCCAAGUACUAGGAGCGCCACCGUUGGCGUUUUUGUGCGACACGUGGGGGAAGGAGAAAGUCCUAGUGGCAGGAGCAUCGCUCUUAGCAGCGUCAAUGGGUUGUGUGCCGCUGUUGAGCAACGGCCUGGACCCACAAGCGGUGACUGUGUUUGGCCUGUGGGCGUUAGGGACUGCAGCUUUUGGCGCUGCACCGAACAGCUUGAUAUCCGAUAUUGUGAGACCGGUACGAUGAGAUACACCUAGAUCACGAUGACAUCGUACUAGAUCUCGAAUGUUGUCCUUGGCUUGUUCUCCUACUUUUGAAAUCAACAGUUUGUUCCUUUGUCACUUAAACUUGUAUACGAUUAAAAAUAUAACUUUCUCAACAAGAACUUUCUCAACAAGAACACAAGAUCAGGGACCUCGACGGACAACUUCUUACACUACAUUAAAAAUAUAACAAUAACACGUGGAAACACCGUAGCCGUUCGCCAUCCGCAUGAGUGCUUCUCCAUCCACAGGGGAGACACCUUCUCUCCAUAAUUGAUUCACUCAUUUCUACGACAAACACAAAACCACAUCUGAGGCCCAACGCGGCCAAGGCUUGUCCAUGCUUCGAACGUCCAACGAUCUUGGCUACCUCCUCGGCGCAUCCUUGACAGGCUACUUCGCCGAUCAAUUAGGCGCAGAAGUAGCACUUGCCUCGCUCUCUGCUGUCCUUCUGGGGAAUGCAGGUCUCUAUCAUCGCUAUAACCGCUAUAAUCGGGGUGGUGGGUAUAGGAGGCCUAAUGUGAAACUAGAAGCGAAAUUAGAGGAGAUAAAGAGUCGCUGGAGGAAACGGAUACAGGGUAUCCUGGGUAAUGGUGGUGGGAGUAGUACUUCGCAGAAAUAAUAGAAGAGAACUACGACAACGACCACUUGAUAUUAUAUAUAAAAUAUUUUCAUUCUGGUAUAGCUAUAGGUAUUGAAAUUGGUAUUGGUUACACUCACACGACACUCACAGUCACACACUUUUGCUGGUUCUUGUGCACUCGCUCUCUCAACAAUUACGUCAGCAAUUGACAGUCGCAACAUCGUCCUCUCAAACGUCAUGGUCAUGUUUGUUGUCCACGAAUUUUUCCACAAACAGGAGAGAGUCACCUGUAAUUUCUCCGACGACAUAAAAAGAAAGCAAAAACACGGCCCUCUCUGGUUUGCACCGGAACAAGA